UUCUCUCUUCUGUGUCUCACACAGUUUUCCAGGAGGACCAGUCACUGUCAGACUCCCUACACACACACCCCAGCACGGACAGCUGCAGCGCCGACCAACAACCAUGGCUUCACGGGACACUACCUCUCUGCUCGUCGGACUUCUGGUCCUGUUUUACACCUGGGGAGUGUGGGCUGAUGUGGAGGUGAGCAUGGAGGACAGAGUGGAGGUGUUCAGAGGAGAAACUGCUUCGAUCACCUGCAUGUUCACAUCUACUGAAGGCAUUGGCGGGAUGAUCAUACAAUGGUUCUACGUGACACGGACGGGUGAGAAGCAGAAAAUCUACUACCAGGACAGCACCAUGCAGGUUGUAGACCGAGGCACACAGUUCACAGACAGGAUCAGCGUGAAUGGCACCGGAGCCAGUGAAGCAAUAGUUCUGACUAUCAGGGAUGUGCGCCUGGAAGACGAGCUGGAAUUUAUCUGUCUCAUCAAAGGUCUAACGGAUGGGACCGGGGAGGGACGCACAAAGCUGAAGGUGUUUGAAAAACCGGACUAUCCCACCAUUGAGGGUGUGCAAACAGGGAUCUCAGUUAGCGAACUCGGCCCAUCCAAGAUUGCGACCUGUGAGGUCAAAAAUGGCUACCCCAAGCCGAACAUCACUUGGUACAGAAACAACGCACCACUACGCGUUGCUCAGGAUGUGGUGUUGGUGAUGCCCAGCACCACUACUGAAUCCACCGGUCUCUACUCAGUGAAGAGCGAGCUGAGCAUGAUGGUGAUGAAGGAAGACAAAGAUGAUCAGUUCUACUGCGAGAUCACCUACUUUGUUCCCGGAGGAGUGGGGAUGCUGGAGUCCGAACGUAUUAACAUCACUGUAUACUACCCCUCCACAGCUGUGAGUGUUUGGGUGGAGUCACCAAAGGGCAAAAUCAAAGAAGGGGACUCGGUCGAGAUUCAAUGCCGUGGCAAUGGGAAUAAGCCGUCCUCCCUCGUAACAAUCAGUCAUGAUGGUAAAGAUCAUGAAGGCAAGACGCUGCUGCUGGAGAAUGUGACUCGUCGUGACAGUGGAGAUUACAUAUGCACCUCUACGGACACGGACACCUUUGAGGAUGUCACGGGACAAAUUUCUGUGUUUGUAAACUACCUCGAUCCUGCUGUUGUGAGGCCUAAAGACAUGAUUGUGGUGCCCCAGGGAAACGAGCUGAAGGCCACCUGCAAUGCCCUCUCCUCGCUCCAAACACAGACUGUCUGGUUUAAGGAUGGAGCAGAGGUUUCAAUGGGUAACAUUUUGACACUUAAGGACGCUAUGUUCGACACGGCAGGGACGUACAUGUGCGUGGUGACUGUUCCUGAGAUCGAGGGAAUGGAAACCAGUGGGACACUUCAUGUUUAUGUCAAGGGCCCACCAGAGAUCAUGCAACCAGAGUACACAACGAUGGAGGAGAGUUUUGAGAACACAGUCGAUCUGAGCUGCACCGCCAGAGGUUUCCCUGCUCCCAAUAUUGUCUGGACCACCUCUGAUGGAAAGAUCCUCAAGUCAGCAUCCCAAACAGACACCGAUGACAGCGUUCAGAGUGUGGUCAGCAUCAAGGUCACCUCUGACAUUACUGCCUUCUGCAAUGCCUCUAACGAGUUUGGCACUGCCGCGGUGACCUUCAGCAUCACAGCCACAAUAAACACCACAACAACAGCCACCACUGCUAGUACCCCUACUAGUACCCCUACUAGUAGCACUACUAGUAGCACUACCACUACAACUACCACUACCAUUUCCUCUGCCACAGUCAAAGCAGAAACAGCUAUCCCAAAGCAAUCCCCAAAGAAAGUCAAACAAGAGGGCAGAGGUGUGAUCAUUGCAGUCAUCAUCAUCUGCAUCCUGCUGCUGGCCAUUUUGGGGAGUGUGCUCUACUUCCUAUACAAAAAAGGCAAGCUCUGUGGACGGUCCGGCAAACAAGACCUCACCAAAGAGAAGUCCAGCAAAGAUAACAUCGUGGUGGAGAUGAAGAGCGACAACACAGAGGAGGCCGUGCUUCUCGGAGUCAACGGAGAAAAGCUGCCUCCCAGCGACCAGUAAAGAGCGGUGAGUACCUGGAUGUACAGAAGUGAAGAGGCAACAGCAGACACACCAACAGCUGCUCCUGUUCCUCCCUCUCAGGCUCAGACCGGCCGAGGCCUUCAAGCUUCCACCACAGCUCCUUAUCCCAGAGUUACGUCAUGGAGAAGCCCAGUCGUGUGUCAGUUAAUAUCAUGACGCACGACUGAGACUCAAAUGACUCCAAGCUGCAGCUUUUGCUUAGUGUCCUUUACAUCCAGCACUUUUCUGUUGGAAUUAGCUUUAAUGAGGAGUGAUUUGAGCGCUAAAUGACGUAACUCUGUUACCUUUAAACCAAGGACUAUCCUUCGCCUAUAGUUCUCAGUACCACGAGCCUUGUAUACUGCUGAUUGUCCUUAGAACAAUAAUUUGAGCACAGCAUUGACCAGAGACUGUUUUUAUACCCGACUACGCAUCACCUCAGGCAAAGUAAUCACUGAAGAGCAGCCUGAAACAGGUCUUUAUCAAGUGUACAUAUUAUAAUCUAUGUAUAUAUUUCUUUAUUUAAAAUAACUCAAUAGAAAAAAACAACCAAAAAUAAAUGACCCGAUAGUGUUUCAUUUUGUUUGGGUGCUCUUUAUGGGAAGCAGGAAGAGCUUAGGUAGAUGUCUUGUUUUUAUUUUGAAAAUUUCUUUGUCUGUGUUUCCUGUUUUGCAUAAGUCUGUACACUGAAAUCUUCGGGAAUGCAGCGAUGUGUCCUCCUACAGCCAGUUACAGCCUCACCAAAGUUUUUCCUUUUAGCUCUGAAAACAAACUGUUCAGAUCACUUAAUCACACAUCAUUCAUAGUUUCCCCUUCUCUGCAGCUCGUCCUUACACUUCACAGAUUGUGCAUAUUGAAGAAGAUAUUUUUACACUUUCUAUAAUGUCCAUGACUAUAAUGCAUUAUAAACAUACUUAGAAUCUGCUUAUAACUCUGUAUAAUAAGCAUUCAUAAUUGUUCGUAAUGUUUUGUAGCAAUACCACAUUAUAAAGCAUUUUAUAAUGACAUAAGGUCAAGUAUCAUAGUGCUUCAGUAUUGCUGGUCACUCACUGACAUUUUGAUGCAAGGAUCAUAGUGUGUUAUAAUAAUUGUGAAACAUUUUAUAAUGAUUAUAAUCACUCUUAAUGCAUUAUAAUGUGUAGGAAGUUACGCGACCAUUGGGUGCUUUAAGUAAAGUAGUGAAACAUUACUCAGGCUGGUUAUAAGUGACUUCAAGUGGUCAUUGUU